AUGGUAACAUUAGCCAUCAGAACUGAACUAUUUGAGCAUGGACUCUUCCCAACACAAGGCAAACUUAAUUCUAGUGUCAUAAUUAAUUUAUUCACAAAUCUUAACUUGCUCUCGUCCAUAGACUACAAGAUAAAGCUACACUAAUGGGUGGAUUAAGCGACUAGAUAUUGGCCAUAGUGCACUGAAUAAGAUGCGCAAGUGUAUUUUUUGACAUACAGAGCCUUGCUUGAGGAAAUUGAAAAUCAAUCACUUAUUAAUCAGAAUAACACAAAGGAUUUACCUAUUACUGAAUACCAAGUGGAUGUGCGAUGCUUUGCAAUAUACAUUGCAAUUUAACUGUAUUCAACAUAAAGUAAAUUUGCAAGUGAAUCAAGGAGUAAUCUUGCUAAAGAUAGCUGGGGAAUGAAAGACAAUAAUAGUUAAAUGUACAAUACCACCUAAGCAAGUCCAAGGUCUAAAUAUACUAAAGUCAACUACACUCAAAAUGAAUAUCAAAUAAUUUAGCAUUUCAUUAAAAGCAACCUUAAGCUAUUAUUGAGAGUCAUUUCUACUGAUAUUCACAGUACAGAAGUCUCACUUAGUGCAACAGAGUUCAAUACCUUGAGAGUACUUUUUAAAAUUCAGCAAGCAGCUGGCUCUAAAAUUAGUGCAUCAUAAACAUUGGCAUAGCUAACCCCAUUCUUUUAGCCAAGCAAUCAAUAGGUUAAAGUUCACAUGAAUGUAAUCAUUGAUUGGCUUGGACAAAUAAUUUCUCCUCAUGAGCCCGAAGAUGAGAUUGUAUAUAUGAAUGGACUUAAUAAAUGUGUUACAAUAAAGGAUUCAGCACUUUAAAACAAGGAUGUCAGAAUCGUAAACUGCGAAGAUAGCUAUAUCUAUGUAGACACUAAUGUUGGCUUCAUCUAGGUGAGUAAUUGCAUCAAUUGUACAAUUAUGAUUGCUGCAGUAAAUAAGACAUUUUCAAUCGACAAGUGCUAAAAUACCCAAAUCACAGUUGCAGCCAAUUAUGUUAGAACUAGUAAUUGCGUAGAAUCAACGUUACAUUCAUAUUCCUAGCUAUGCCCUCCUAUUAUCUAUGGUGAUACAAUUGGCCUUAUAAUGGCCCCACACAACUCCUCUUACUUUGAAAUUAUGAAUCAUUUAAGAGCAGCUGACAUUAUUUUCAUCUAGCCAGGUAGCUUAGUAGCUCCGAUCAACUAAUAAAAAGUACUAGAGAAUAUAAAUAAUUUCUCCAGGCCUAUCGUAAUGGCAGGCAGAGAAUAAUGCUUCACUUUAAUGCAGCCUGUAGAUUUCAUGAAAAUGUCCUUGCCAAAGAAAUUUGUAGAUAAUCAAUUAUUCCUUUGUCCUACUGAGUAUUUAGAAGUAUUGUCAAUUAGGAUGGAGCAUUUCAAAGAUAUCCAGAAUAAAAUAAAAGGAGCAUAGCUUACGCAAGACUAAGAGAAAAUGCUCCAUGUGGCAAUUUAAGGAUGGUUCAGGGAGUGGUUUUGCUAAAGUGCUUAAUAUAAACCUAUAACUGAACUUGUGAAAAUGAUAGAUCAAGAGUUUUGA